AUGCUUGUCAUUGACGAUUACGUAUUCAAGUUGAAUAAAACAACCACCACAACAAAAUACUAUCGAUGCGAGCAUCGAGAAUGUGAUGUAACAGUACAUACGGAUAUAAAUGAUGUUCCUUUAAAAACUAAAGGUGAUCAUUGUCAUGUAAUUGAACCAGAAAAAAAUAUAAUUCGUAUUUUCAAACAAGUCGUGAAAGAACGUGUUAUUAAUGAAAGUACUCCUAUACCAAAGAUUUAUGAAGAAGAAUCAGCAAAAAUGAUUUUGACACCAGCAACAAUUGCUAUUUUACCUUCUCAACGAGAAAUGAGUAGUUCAUUAAACAAGGCACGACGUCUUGAAACACCACGUAUUCCUGAUUCACAAAUUUUCGAUAUUCCAGACAUAUAUACGAAAACGUUAAAAAAUAAAGAAUUUCUUUGUGUCGAUAAGAUGAUAAAAAGAAAAACACGUAUUUUAUUAUUUGCUUCAAAUGAGCAAUUAAAAUUGCUAUUUGAAAACUCCAUUGUCUUUAUGGAUGGCACUUUUAGUGCCUGUCCAAAGGUUUUCGAUCAAGUAUUCACUAUACAUUCGAUAAAAUAUGAACAAUCUUUCAUGUGUGUGAUUGGACUAUUACCUGAUAGAAAAAAGUCUACUUAUAAAUUUGUAUUUGAAGAACUAAAAGCUUUAGCUAUUGGUAUGAAUCAAAUUUUUGAUCCAUCUACAAUUAUAUCUGAUUUUGAACAAGGUUUAGGUGAAGCUAUUAGUAGAGAAUUUCCGAAUAGUAACCAUAUUGGUUGUUAUUUUCACUUUACGCAAGCUGUAUAUCGUCAUAUACAGCAAUUGGGUUUAUCAAGUGCUUAUAUUAAUGAUGACAAUAUUCGUAUGAUAUGUAGGAAGCUUAUGGCUCUUGCAUUACUUCCAUCUUCGGUGGUAUUAAAAAGUUUUGAGGAUCUUUAUGAAAUUGUUCUUUUAGCAUCUUCAUCAGAACUUCGUUUAUUAGGACCUCUAUUUGAUUAUUUUGAAAACUAUUGGAUUAAAAAGAUAGAUAUUAAUAAAUGGAAUGUUUAUGGAAUUCGAAUUAGAACAAACAGCAAUGCAGAAGGUUUUCAUAAUCGUUUGAAUUUACGUAUUGCAAAGUAUCAUCCGAACAUAUGGACUUUUAUUAGAUGUAUACAAGGUGAAGAAAACAGAUUCAACCAUGUGCUGAUUCAAAUGAUAGGUGGUCUUGCAGCUCGAUCAAAAACAGCUGCAACAAAUGCUAUACAACAACGGAUCGAUACUUUAUAUUUACGUUAUCAAAAUGAUGAUAUUAUUGUUGAUGAACUUUUAAAUGGAUUGUCUUAUGUUGUCGCGAAAAAUAUCACAUCGAAAAGAAAAAAAUGA